AUGUCGGCAUUCAGUUGGAUAUUUUCAAGCACACAGACACGCAGGAACCGCUGCAACAAGCUUGAAAUGUGGUUAUUUGCGAAAAACAGUUCCCUGCUGUCGCCUGAUCUGACGCUGAUCAUUUUGCAUAUUUCCUUAAGAAAUUUAAGGGUGUUGGGGUCCAUCGGGCCAAGAACCUCGAUGCAUAUUGGCAAGAAUUCCAUCGAGGGGAAGGCGUUCCCAUAUUUUUUCAUUUUCUCGUCCGCUGCCUUGGCCGCGGCCAAACCGCAUUCUUUACUUGUCAGGUUUACGCAUCGUUCGGCGAGGGUGCCAGAGACCGUAACAUCCCACGCCAAACAUCUGCCGGCUCUCCAAGGUAUUAGUGUGCAUCCGUCCGGGCGCCUACCAUCAUGCGCAGAAAUACCGGAUGGUUCCUUGAGAACCGGGAUUGAAGCCUUGGAGAAGAGCCGACAAAUGCAAUUGCUCAUAAAUUUAUUAAUGAUAUUAAAUGACUGCGAUUAUUGUUUGAGUGCCCAAGAGAUGACCAUUCGAUCGAUCAAAUCUGAGAUUUGGUUGUUUUUAGCUAGCUAG